UUGCAUGUGUUGUUGGAGGAAAAUCCAGUCUUUCGCCAACACUCACGAGGGGAGUACUUACCGGUGCGUCUUUGGCCUUCGAAAUCGAGUUGAAGACAUGUUGGAGCCGCGCGUGUUGGUGAUGCUGGUGGCUGUUGGAGCGGCGACCAUCUCCCUCACCGUGACUGUCCCCACCGGAAGCAGUAUCUUCCACGAGGAUGUGUUUUACAAGACCGGGAAAUGCCCCAACACCACAGGGGUCAUGAGCCGCUGUGUCCUCACCGACGAGAACUGCUUCUCCGACGACGACUGCUUCGGGAGAUUAAAGUGCUGUCCUUACGGGUGCCAUCGAGAGUGCCUGGAUCCUGAGCCCGAGGACCCUUGCCCAUACGAUUGCAACGGCGUGUACAACCCGGUGUGUGGCAACGAUGGCCAGACCUACGCCAACCUGUGCAUGAUGUCACGUGCAACUUGCAAGAACCCUUAUUUGAAGAUGCACGGGGAGGGGCUGUGCGAGGGGAACCUGAAGGAGAAUAAGGAUUUGUAUGUGUGAUGGUAGAUGUGUUUUUUGUUUUUUUUGUUUUUGUU